GACUUUGACUCUGACAAAAUCCAGAGAGAGUGAAUCACACAAACAGCAAAGCUGCACAUCCCAAGGAGUUGGUUUUGGUAUUGAGUGGGAACUUGGAUUGGGCUGAGGCUGAGGCUGAGGCUUGGGAGGGGUUUAGUUUUGGAGUGCACGCACGCACAUCAAACGCGUCAUGAUGAAACCGUUGCUAUAACAAGCGACUUCUAUUUCUUAUUUUUCUUUCUUCCUCCAACAAUUCCCAUACCUCUACAUACACUGUCUAUUUCUGCCAAAUUUUCUUUGCCUAUCAUUUAUUGCGUCAGGUUUUGCAAUCACCUCUAGCUUCUUUGGCUUAUUUCCGACUGGGAUUGGAUUGUAAUUGGGAUUUUGGAUUUUGGAUUUUCUUUUCGGAAAAAAAGCUUUUUUGCUUUAUCCCUUAUGCUCUCGUCGUCACUAACGUAUUUUCUUCUAUCUCUCUCGUUCCAAUAUUCGAUAGUCAAAACUGAUUCGACGCUGCAAAAACAAGACGGAAUCUAGGGCUCAUUCUUCUUCUUUUGCUCUGGAAUUCUUCAGUUCUAGGGGGUUUAUCAUUUUGUGAAUGAUAAGUUAAGAGCAGCCAUCCAUUUUCUAACUUCUUGUUGGUAGGGAAGGGUUAAUUGUCCAUCAUGCCUUCUCUGCAACUUUUGCAAUUAACGGAACAUGGUCGAAGCUUUGUUGCUUCAAGGAGGAAAGCUUUGAUACUUGCAACAGGUGUUUUAGUUGCUGGUGGGUCAGCUGCAUAUGUGAAGUCACGAUUUAACUAUAAAAAACAUGAUUCUUUCGGUCAAUAUAAUGGCCUUAACAAUAAUGAAGGAGAUACAGAGCAGUUAAUAAAUGAUGGUAAACGAAAGAAGACUCCAGAUAAAAGGGGAGGAUUGAAGUCGCUUAAAGUCCUUGCAGCAAUUCUCUUAUCUCACAUGGGCAAGAUGGGUGCAAGGGACCUUCUAUCUUUAUUAGGAAUAGUGGUAUUGCGAACUGCUUUGAGCAACAGAUUAGCAAAAGUGCAAGGAUUUCUAUUUCGUGCUGCAUUUCUUCGACGUGUGCCAUUAUUUUUUCGGCUGAUUUCUGAAAAUAUUUUGUUAUGCUUUCUUCUUUCAUCCAUGCAUUCUACUUCAAAGUAUAUAACGGGAACCUUAAGUCUGCGGUUCAGAAAGAUUCUGACAAAACUUAUCCAUUCUCAUUAUUUUGAGAACAUGGCAUAUUACAAAAUAUCACAUGUCGAUGGGCGGAUAACAAAUCCUGAACAACGAAUUGCAAGUGAUGUACCGCGAUUCUGUUCAGAGUUGAGUGAAAUUGUACAGGAUGAUUUAAUAGCAGUCACUGAUGGUCUGCUUUAUACAUGGCGUCUGUGCUCUUAUGCUAGUCCAAAAUAUGUCUUUUGGAUAUUGGCGUAUGUAGUUGGAGCAGGGGCGAUGAUAAGAAACUUCUCUCCUGCUUUCGGCAAACUAAUGUCCAAAGAACAACAAUUGGAAGGAGAGUAUAGGCAGCUGCAUUCACGGUUAAGGACCCAUGCAGAAAGCAUAGCAUUUUAUGGUGGAGAAAGCAGAGAAGAAUCUCAUAUUCAGCAGAAGUUUAAGACGCUAAUUAGGCAUUUGAGAGUUGUGCUUCAUGACCAUUGGUGGUUUGGCAUGAUUCAGGACUUCUUAUUGAAGUAUCUUGGUGCUACAGUUGCUGUAAUAUUGAUUAUUGAACCCUUCUUUUCUGGCAAUCUGAGACCUGACACUUCAACUUUAGGACGUGCAGAGAUGUUAAGCAAUCUGAGAUAUCAUACUAGUGUCAUAAUUUCAUUAUUUCAAUCGCUUGGAACUCUUUCUAUAAGUGCAAGGAGACUCAAUCGUCUCAGUGGUUAUGCAGAUCGCAUUCAUGAGUUAAUGGCCAUAUCAAGAGAGCUAAGUGUUAACGAUAAAUCUUCUUUGCAAACAGAUGCAAAUAGGAAUUGCUUUAGCGAAGCUAGUUACAUUGAAUUCGCAGGUGUCAAGGUCGUUACUCCAACUGGUAAUGUCUUGGUGGAUAAUUUGACACUUAGAGUUGAAACAGGAUCUAAUCUUCUGAUUACAGGUCCAAAUGGUAGUGGGAAGAGCUCACUUUUUCGAGUCCUUGGAGGUCUCUGGCCGCUAGUAUCUGGCCAUAUUGUAAAACCUGGUGUUGGUACUGAUCUUAACAAGGAGAUUUUCUAUGUGCCUCAAAGACCAUACACAGCUGUAGGAACACUGCGAGAUCAGUUAAUUUAUCCUCACACUGCAGAUCAAGAGAUUGAACCACUCACACGUGAUGGAAUGGUGGAGCUAUUGCGAAAUGUUGAUCUUGAGUAUCUAUUGGACCGCUAUCCACCUGAAAAAGAGAUAAACUGGGGUGAGGAACUAUCACUGGGUGAGCAACAAAGAUUGGGCAUGGCCAGACUAUUCUAUCACAGACCUAAAUUUGCAAUUCUUGAUGAGUGCACAAGUGCUGUUACAACUGAUAUGGAGGAACGUUUUUGUGCUAAAGUUAGAGCAAUGGGAACUUCAUGCAUUACCAUUUCACAUCGUCCGGCGCUAGUUGCAUUUCAUGAUGUGGUCCUAUCAUUGGAUGGUGAAGGAGGCUGGAGUGUUCAUUAUAAAAGGGAGGAUUCUUCAGUCCUUGAUGAAGCAGGAAUAGAUACAAUGAAGGCUUCUGAGACAGAUCGCAAGAGUGAUGCUAUGACUGUUAAACGAGCAUUUGCCUUGAAUAGAAAGGACUCUGCAUUCUCAAAUUCAAAGUCACAAUCUUACAUUGCUGAUGUGAUAGCAGUUUCGCCCUCUGUUGAUCUUGCUGGUCCCUUGCCACUUUUUCCACAACUCCAUGGGACUCCAAGGGCAUUGCCUCUGAGAGUAGCUGCCAUGUUCAAAGUACUGGUUCCCACAGUACUUGAUAAACAAGGUGCACAACUUCUUGCAGUUGCUUUUCUUGUUGUAUCAAGAACAUGGAUUUCAGAUCGUAUUGCCUCAUUAAACGGAACCACUGUGAAAUAUGUUCUGGAGCAGGAUAAGGCAUCCUUUAUUCAUUUAAUUGGUGUUAGUGUUCUUCAGAGUGCUGCAUCAUCUUUUGUUGCUCCUUCUUUAAGGCACUUGACAGCUAGGCUGGCUCUUGGAUGGAGGAUUCGGUUGACACAACAUUUGCUGAAAAACUAUUUGAGAAAGAAUGCAUUUUACAAGAUCUUCAACAUGACGAGCAGAAACAUUGAUGCUGAUCAGAGAUUAACUCAUGAUCUGGAGAAGUUAACCACUGACUUGUCAGGACUGGUGACUGGAAUGGUAAAGCCAACUGUGGAUAUUAUAUGGUUCACCUGGAGAAUGAAGCUGUUAACGGGUCAGAGGGGAGUUGCUAUAUUGUAUGCAUAUAUGUUACUGGGGCUGGGUUUACUUAGGGUUGUUACCCCAGAAUUUGGCGAUCUGGCAAGUCAAGAGCAACAGCUUGAAGGAACCUUCAGGUUCAUGCAUGAAAGACUGCGUACUCAUGCUGAAUCUGUUGCUUUCUUUGGGGGUGGUGCUCGAGAAAAAGCUAUGGUUGAGUCAAAAUUCAGGGAGCUUCUUGAUCAUUCCUUGUCCCUUUUGAAGAAAAAAUGGUUGUUUGGUAUACUGGAUGAUUUUAUAACAAAGCAACUUCCACAUAAUGUGACUUGGGGAUUGAGCUUGUUAUAUGCUAUUGAGCAUAAAGGAGACAGAGCCUUGGUAUCCACUCUAGGUGAGCUUGCACAUGCUUUGCGGUUCUUAGCAUCUGUUGUAUCUCAGAGCUUUUUAGCUUUCGGCGAUAUUCUUGAAUUGCAUCGGAAGUUUGUUGAACUCUCUGGUGGAAUCAAUCGAAUUUUUGAGCUUGAAGAACUAUUGGAUGCUGCACAGUCUGGGGGUUCUGUUACUGAUACUUGGUCAACAUCUGAAAAUAGAGAUAUUUAUUCUGAAGAUGCCAUUACCUUCUCUGAGGUUGAUAUUGUUACCCCAGCUCAGAAAAUGUUGGCUAAGAGAUUGACCUGUGAUAUAGCUCCUGGGAAAAGCCUGCUUGUUACUGGUCCAAAUGGGAGUGGAAAAAGUUCUGUCUUCAGAGUUCUUAGAGGUCUUUGGCCAAUCAUGAGUGGAAGACUCACUAAACCAUCCCAAAAUGUUAGUGAUGAGGUCGGACCAGGUUGCGGUGUCUUCUAUGUUCCUCAACGACCUUAUACAUGUUUGGGAAGCCUUAGAGAUCAAAUUAUAUAUCCCCUUUCUCGUAAGGAAGCCGAGUUAAAGGCACUGAAGCUCUCUGGAGAAGGUGAAAGAUCUGCGGACACCACAAAAGUUCUGGACAUUCGUUUGAAAGAUAUUCUGGAAAAAGUUAGAUUAAAUUAUCUUUUGGAAAGAGAUGAAAGUGGUUGGGAUGCUAAAUUGAAUUGGGAAGACACUCUUUCUCUUGGAGAACAACAGAGAUUAGGCAUGGCCCGUUUAUUUUUCCACAAGCCUAAAUUUGGCAUCCUUGACGAGUGCACCAAUGCUACAAGUGUAGAUGUUGAAGAACAUCUCUAUAGGCUUGCAAAAAGCUUGGGCAUUACAGUAGUUACCUCUUCACAACGUCCUGCUCUAAUACCGUUCCAUUCUGAGGAAUUGCGGCUUAUUGAUGGGGAGGGUAACUGGGAGCUGCGUGCCAUAAAGCAAUGACUUGAUUUGGCGGUUUCUGUGACUAAUUUUUGCACUUGGUAAGAUGUAAGAUAGCACGAAGGUAGCGUUGAACCUUACAUGUUGUGGCAUAGGCAAGCAAAAGCUGGGUUUUGCUGCAAAUUCGGUGAAAUUAUUUGUUCAGCUACAUAGGAAGAGCUUUAUUAUUGUGCUCGGUACAUAAUUUGGGGGCCCAAAAAAAGGGGAAGCCAAUCAAGAAAAGUUUUAGUACAUUACUAUUAAAUUGUAGUCAAUAAGAUUGAAUCAUACAAAGCAUGUAAUUAUGUACAGUUGCUCCCUUUUGGUUAAAGUUCAUUUCAUUGAGUUGUAAGAAAUAUGUUCCUUAAGUCAUAAAUAAUAUUCAUUUAAGCCCCCCCAUAUUUAUAUGUGUAAAACCGUAAAAAUUAAGGAGAAAGAUUAUUUAGCUC